GGCCAGAUAGAUCAGUCGAACUCAGUUCAAUUCUCAAACUCGAUGUAAACACAUCUAACGUGUUAAAUGCAACAUCUUUAUUCGGCUAAACCACGAGUUAUUCUUCAAUGUACACCUAUAACAGCCAGAUUUUAUAAUAAAAUAUUAUAAUAUUUCAUUAUUUUAUAAUGUUAAUGCUUAUUUAACUAUUUUUUAUAAUAUUUUAUAAUAAAAUAUUAUAGUUCAUUGGCACAUUUGAAGAGAAAGCGCAAUGUUAUCAUUAAAUUUGUAAAUAGCUAGGGAGAGAGAGAGAGAGAGAGAGAGAGAGAGAGAGAGAGAGAGAGAGGGAUAGGUUCGAGGGAAAUAGAGUUAGAAAUGGAAGAAUGGAGGUGUGUGAUAUAUACAUGUAACUCGUAGGGGACUCAUUAAGAAAUACAAACGGAUAUAUAUCCCUCUACCGACCGAGCCAAUCUACCCCUCCCCCCAAAAGACGAUAAUCAUCAUAAGUGAUUGGCAAUAAUUACAUAUUCCCAAGUAUACGAAAAAAUUAUGGAGAAUGAUUGGUUUCUACCACGUGAUACCGACGUAAAUAGGCGUUACAAGGAGGGUAUAUCCACAGGUUCAACGACAUUGACGAGAGACUAGAAGCUGUUGAACGGUUAAAGUUGAUCGCUCCGAUUAGAAAUGAUGGAGAAUAUAACCUUAAAGCUGCUGGUGCCGAGUACCAGGAGAACGAUGCAGAACAUCUUAUCGCGGUCCAUAGCAACUCAUAAUGCUGUUGGUAACAAAAGAGCGGAGGGAAGUCAUCCAGAGGCACAUGACGAUGUUCUCUUCGAAGAGGUCGGUGAGAGUGGGCUGAUAACCUUGAAUCGCCCAAAAGCCCUGAAUGCCUUAAACCUCUCAAUGGUGAGGAAAAUCCACCCUGUCCUGAAAAAGUGGGAAUCAUCGAAGAAUAUGGUUGUGAUAAGGGGGAGUGGAGAUAAGGCGUUCUGCGCCGGAGGUGACGUCAAGUCCCUUGUACUGUCCCUCAACGAGUCCUGGGGUAGAGCGUCCAGUUGCGAGUUCUUCCGAGAGGAGUAUGCACUCGACUACCUCAUUGGAUCGUUCAAGAAGCCUUAUGUGGCUCUCAUCCACGGGAUAACCAUGGGCGGUGGUGUUGGUCUCUCGGUUCAUGGUAAAUAUCGCGUUGCCACUGAGAAAACUGUCUACGCGAUGCCAGAGACUGCGAUAGGACUGUAUCCCGAUGUUGGGGGUACCUAUUUUCUUCCUCGUUUGCGUGGACAACUGGGAUUCUAUUUGGGACUCACUGGGCACAGGUUGAAGGGAGUCGAUGUUAAACUCGCUGGCAUUGCCACGCACUACGUUCAGUCCUCCAAACUCGAAGAAUUAACUGAUGCUCUACUCAAGUCUGGUGGCAAAGACCUGGAGAAAAUUCUCGCCAAUUUUGAGGAUAAAACUCCAGCUGAAUUCACUUUAGCUAAAUAUUCAGAUAAAAUUGAUGAAUACUUCUCGGCGGGCACUGUCGAGGAAAUAGUCGACAGACUGAAGGAGGAUAAGAGCGAAUGGGCCCAGGGGGUCAUCGAUAAUCUCAGUAAAAUGUCGCCAACUUCACUGAAGUUGACCCUCAAGGCAUUGCAGAGAGGAAGGGGGAUGAAUUUGCUUGAGUGUCUGAGGGUAGAGAACAGACUGUCCAAUGCUGCUUCCAGAAGAGAUGGCGAUUUUUACGAGGGUGUCAGGGCUCUUCUGAUCGAUAAAGACGGUAAACCCAGGUGGAAUCCUGCGAGUCUUGAGCAAGUCACGGAUGAUUACGUCGAGAACAUGUUUAAAUCGUUACCUGCUGAUGAAGAACUGAGAGUACCAGAGUGAUAAAUGGGGGGAGAAAUAACUAGCAAAGUGGUGAAACGUAACUGGAUACGAUAAUUAAUUCUUCACAAAUUGUUAAAUGGAAUUAUUUUGGGGAUGUAUUAUUUUUAAACAAUAUUUUUCUUCAAUACGAACAAUAUCUACCUUCUUCAGCUUCAAAGACAUGCCUUCAGGUGCUAUUGACGUCUGUAAAGCGAGCGGAACACGUGGACGGAAAUGACCAGACACUAACUAACCCAAAUAAGUGAAAAUCGAUACCAGAACAGAAUUAAUGACGAAUGUCAAUGAUUACUCGCAAAGUUACUGACGAUAACUCAUUCAUUCAUGAAGAAAAAUCCCAAACACACAAUAAAGGGGAAUAAUAAUCGUA